AUGGGUGAGGCGUCCUUUGUGAUCAGAAUUGAAAUCCUCCGGGAUCGAAAACAAGGAUUGUUGGGGUUGUCUCAAAAAAGUUACAUAGAAAGAGUUCUUGAGAGAUUUGGCAUGAAAAGUUGCUCAUCACUUGAUACUCCGAUAUCAAAAGGUGAUAAGUUUAGCCUAUCACAAUGUCCUAAAACUGAGUGGGACCCUAAAGAGAUGACAAAAAUCCCCUAUGCUUCGGUUGUGGGGAGCUUGAUAUAUGCACAGAUUUGCACGAGACCAGACAUUAGUGUUGCAGUUGGCAUGCUUGGGUGUUACCAGAGUAACCCAGGGAUGUCUCAUUGGAAAGCAGCAAAGAGGGUAUUGCGAUAUCUGCAAGGAACUAAGGAUUACCAGCUUACCUUUAGGAGAACUGAAAACUUAGAAGUAACUAGAUACUCUGACUUUGAUUUUGCCGGUUGUUUUGAUAGUAGGAAAUCUACUUCUAGAUAUGUUUUCUUACUAGCCGGUGGAGCGAUCUCAUGGGAAAGUAUGAAACAAACAAUCACUGCUUCAUCAACAAUGGAGGCCGAGUUUGUGUCAUGCUUUGAGGCCACAGUGCAUGGUUUAUGGCUGAGGAACUUUAUCUCAGGGCUUGGAGUCGUCGAAUCUAUAGACAGGCUGCUGAGAAUUUAUUGUGAUAAUUCCUCUGCAGUAUUUUUCUCCAAAAAUGAUGGGUAUUCGAAAGGUGCUAAACACAUGGAGCUCAAAUAA